AUGGCAACCAUAGAGGAUGGUACCUCGGAGGAUCGUGUGGCCAAUGAUGAAUACAAAAUUUGGAAGAAAAACACUCCGUUUUUGUAUGAUCUCGUUAUGACGCACGCACUCGAAUGGCCAUCGUUGAGCGUGCAAUGGCUUCCAGAAAUCGAAAAGGAAAGUAGCGACCAUACUGUUCAUAGACUUAUUCUCGGAACGCAUACAUCAGAUGAGCAAAACCAUCUUUUGAUUUCAAAAAUCUGCAUGCCAACAGAUGAAGCGCAAUUUGAUGCGUCUCGUUACGACACCGAACGCGGUGAGUUCGGAGGUUUCGGAGCUGUGAACGGAAAGGUUGAACCUGAUAUUCGUAUCAAUCACGAGGGAGAAGUUAACCGUGCUCGCUACAUGCCUCAAAAGCCAACCAUUAUUGCCACAAAAUCUCCAUCUGCCGAUGUCUAUAUCUUCGAUUAUACAAAGUACCCAUCUGUUCCAAAGGACAACACUUUCAAUCCUCUGCUCAAACUCAAAGGACAUACUAAAGAGGGAUACGGAUUGUCAUGGAACCCGAAUAAAGAAGGUCUGAUUCUUUCCGCUUCAGACGACCAGACUGUAUGUCACUGGGAUAUUAACGGAAACGCUGGGGCAAACGGCGAAUUGAAAGCGAGAGAAAUCUUCAAGGGGCACGAAUCUGUCGUUGAAGACGUUGCGUGGCAUGUUUUGCACGACGGAGUUUUUGGUUCGGUCGGAGAUGACAAGAAAUUGCUCAUUUGGGAUCUGCGAACCAACGUUCCAGGACAUGCAAUCGAUGCUCAUUCAGCCGAAGUUAAUUGCCUUGCCUUCAAUCCAUACUCCGAAUUCAUACUAGCCACUGGUUCAGCCGAUAAAACUGUCGCGCUUUGGGAUCUCAGGAAUCUCCGUCUCAAGUUACAUUCGUUCGAAUCUCAUCGCGACGAAAUCUUCCAAGUUCAAUGGAGCCCGCAUAAUGAGACCAUCCUCGCAUCCAGCGGAACUGACAAACGACUUCAUGUUUGGGACCUGUCCAAAAUCGGAGAAGAUCAAACUGCUGAGGAUGCUGAGGAUGGACCACCUGAGCUCCUCUUCAUCCAUGGUGGGCACACUGCCAAAAUCAGCGAUUUCUCAUGGAACCCUAACGAACCAUGGGUGGUUUGCAGUGUUUCGGAAGAUAACAUUUUGCAAGUUUGGCAGAUGGCUGACAACAUUUACAACGAUGUCGAAGACGAAACUCCCGCCGAUAUGGUUGAGCGGUCUUAA